UCUGACCUUUCUGCUCAGCUUUAAAGGCCUGCAUGAACGUAUUUCCUCCACACCCUGUAUCCUCUAUUUUAUGGCAUUCAAAUCCCAUGAGAAAAUAAAUGUCUACUAACAUGUAAUUCAUAUGACGACCAAGGGCUUCUAGGGAUAACAGUGUCAGACUGUUUACAGGGUGGUCCUUGACCUUAAUGUGUAACUUCAGCAUAUCCAACCAUUAUCAUCUGCCAGCUGUUAGAGAAAUCCGAUUGUAGCCCGGCCCAUCUCAACACGCACACACAGACAUACACACACAACACAACACGAGCUAGCAGGCAGCCUGUAAAACGGAUUUUCCGUCCAGCCCGUGUCAUGAUUUCACACCGCGGAGAGACCUUCAUGCUGCCCUAGCCCCGCUACCAGACAUCAUGUCUUCCAGGGACCGUCGGACAGACGUCUACAUAAAGGCAGAACCAAGUAGUCCAGAGGGAGUUGGGGGAGGUCGGAUCAGCCCCGGCGGGGUCUCCACAGACUCUUCUCACAGUGGAGGUGGAGGAAUCAGAGGAGAAGGCGUGAAGCGGUACUCCCCGCCGCUCUACACGCCGGCACUGCGCUGUCACUUCAAAGACGAGGUUGGGGAUGGAGCGGAGGAGGGCUCCACUGGAAAUGGAGCGGGGCGAUGCAAAUACGCCCUGAGCACGUUACCGAAGAGGCUGUGUUUAGUAUGCGGGGAUGUGGCCUCUGGCUACCACUACGGCGUGGCGUCAUGUGAGGCCUGCAAAGCCUUCUUCAAGAGAACCAUCCAAGGUAACAUUGAAUACAGCUGUCCAGCAUCGAAUGAGUGUGAGAUCACGAAGAGGCGCAGAAAGGCUUGUCAAGCAUGCCGCUUCACCAAAUGCCUCAAAGUAGGCAUGCUGAAAGAGGGAGUUCGUCUUGACCGUGUCAGAGGUGGACGGCAGAAGUACAAAAGACGCCCAGAAGUGGAGAAUGCAACAUACCAGAGUGCCCCUCUACCACUGACAAAAGAGAAUGAAAAAGGUUCCUCCAACAUCAUUGUGUCCCACCUUCUCGUGGCAGAGCCAGAAAAGUUAUUUGCCAUGCCGGACCCUCUGCAGCCGGACACCGCCCUGCGCACGCUCACCACCCUUUGUGACCUUGCUGACCGGGAGCUGGUUGUCAUCAUUGGCUGGGCCAAACACAUUCCCGGCUUCCUGUCGCUGUCCCUUGCAGACCAGAUGUCCGUGCUGCAGUCGGUGUGGCUGGAGGUGCUGGUGCUGGGCGUAGCGUUCCGCUCGCUCAGCUGCGAGGAUGAGGUGGUGUUUGCAGAGGAUUUCGUCCUUGAUGAGGAGAUGUCACGUGUUGCUGGACUGACAGAGCUAAACGCCGCAAUAAGUCAACUUGCUCGCCGCUUCCGGGCACUUAACGUGGACCGGGAGGAAUUUGUCAUGCUUAAAGCCAUCGCACUCACUAACUCAGACUCUGUUUACAUCGAGGACAUGGAGGCUGUGCAGAAGCUGCGGGACCUCCUCCACCAGGCCCUGCUGGAGCUGGAAUGUCAGCGCCGCCCAGGCGACUCCCAGCGGGCAGGACGCCUCCUUUUAACGUUGCCUCUCCUCCGACAGACUGCUGGUCGUGCUCUUACCACCUUCUACAGCAUCAAGACCCGCGGUGGUGUCCCCAUGCACAAACUAUUCCUGGAGAUGCUGGAAGCCAUGAUGGACUCUCCCUAGAGCCGAAAGCAGCAGUGAAUAGGAUGCAGAGAAAGACCCGAUGGAGAUCUAGUCUUCAAGAGUGGAUGAGUGGUUUGUGAGAAACAAAAGACUUCAUUAUAGAAUACAUAAUGGGGGAAAUGGUUCUUUUCCCCUUUUUUUCCAUAGCCUAUACAUGAAGAAAGGAAAAUAAUAUGAGAAAAUAAAACGCUCAUGCAUUCAUGUCCCUAAGCGGGGAAGUGGUUAUUUGCAGUAAGACUUUGGUAAAAGGCUCCAAGCGGGAUAACAUUUAACACGAAUGCCAGAAUCCUUCCCAGUUUCAACCAUUUUCCUGGUGAGGUCCAUCACACCAUUGAUCCGCAGUGACCUAACCACUGAAGAACAACAUUUAGGUAUCCAAGGACAGACUGACAACGUGUGGCUUUUGAACUUUUUGAAACGACACCUACUCAUGAAAGCGUACCAGGGGAAAGACAGAUUAACACGCACAUGGAGUGCUUGUAUUUGCUAUAGUUUAGUGUGCCGCUGUCGGCAAAGAUUCAUAGGAACUACUUGCAAUAUGUUAAAAGCAAUAUAACAACUCGAUUGUUGUCUGUCACAUUUUAAAUGUGGAUAAAAGGGUGAGACAUCUAGUUGUGUGUGUGUAUAUCCGUAGUUCUCCACUCUCAGGACCCCAAGUGCUGAUUACUGAAAUUACCGCUGCUAGUAGAGAGGAGUUUGGGUUUGGGAUGCCGGGUGAGUAGAUUUAAAACACUAGCGAGAGAAAAGAAGAAAAAAAACCACCAGCACUUUUGGGGUUAAACACCGGAGUUGGGAACCACUGAUGUACGGAGUAGGUGCAGGAUUCUUUAUAAAAGGUUGUGCAGUUGAUUUGUAGUCCAGGAGAAGUGCAUAAGAAGACUGUGUAGAACGCUCUACUGAGAAGGUAAUAUAUUUAGUGUUGUACGGAAACCUGUCGGCACACGGUGAAAAAAAGUGGCUUUCAUGCAGGCGAGCGUGUGUGUCGACGUGCACUCUAAACCGAUGAGCGACACAGAGAUCAGGGAAGAACGCGACGCUUUGACAAUAAAGCGCGGCAACGACAGCGGUCAGAAAAUAAGUGCAUAUGCCUCAUCUGCUUUUUUUUUAUACUGUCCUCCACCACUAGAUCUAACCACUGUUUUUGACUCCAGCAGCCAAAAAUAAUAGUCUGACCUAUUUGAUUUGAGGGCUGUAACACUAAUCCAUAUCGAUUGAUAGGCGAUGGUGAGAUUUCGCUGCAUUUUCCGCAGUCGUGAGGAGCGUUGUUGCAUAAAAGAUCUCAACUAUUUCAUUGAGAGAUCCCGUCUUUGUAUCGCUACAUCUGUUGAACUCAAAACGUGCAAGUGUCAGUCAUGGGCUCAGGACUACAAGAAAUGCAAAAUAAACAACAUCUUCCUGUUGGAUGUUGAAACCGUGUCUGAAAACAUCCUGAAAGUGCAGCAGGUUGGAUAACUCACGAUGAUCAUCGUCACAGUAAGCUUCACAUGCAAUGCAAGGCUGCAGUGUCUGACGUCAAAGUCAGACCGAAUAUUUAGUGGCCGAAGGGCCGCUGAGACGUUCAGCCAUGUACAGUUACCAUUUAAAUAAACAGAAACAUGCAAUUUAUAGUGGAAGACAAUAAAGCCAGCAAAUGUGAUACAAAUUCCCCAUUUCAAUUAUAUCUGUGCAGCUUACAAUUCUCUGACAAUUUGUAAAGACUUGAAACUUGCUUUUUUCAUAUAUUUUUCUUUCUAGGAUUCAAGGGUAUUUUAUUUACAUUGUGACACUGUUGUGGGUUUGGUAUUGAAAUAAGGCUUUCCAUUCAGGAUAAUAUAAAUACUAAUUGUGUGUGUGUUUUUUUAUUUUUAUGUAAGCAGUUGUGUAUUAUUCCGAAUCUGAUUGUCAUGUUAGGGAUCAAUUGACCUGGCUCUAUAGAUUUAGCGGCACAGUGAGGCUAAAGAGGGCUACCUCAGGAGACAGAGCAAGCCAGGCGGCCAAAUAACUGUGGAGACAAAUUAUUGAUCUUUUAAUUUGUUAACUUAAAUUCGAGCAUUGGGUUCAUUGAAUGUCUUUGCAGUUGUGAAAACAUCCGAGAUCAUUUAUUUCUCUGUUUCCAUAUUGUAUACGGCUCAUUACUCGUGCUUUACAGCUUACAUGUUCCGGUUUUCUAGCAAGCGAAUAAAUAUCGAUGCCUGGGUCGAAGUAGAGCUGUUACCGUUUCUUCAUAUUGACUCGGCCAUUUACACAUUGGAGGCUUACAGAUAUGUUUUAGGUACGGGGGGUUUCGGGGCGAAGGCAGGGUCAUUUGCAGUGUCGCUGUUAAAUGAUAGUCAUAUGUAGUUUUAAUAAAUAUGUGCGCAUUAAUAUAAAUGAGCAAUACAAUAAAUUACCAAACCUCACAUUUCCUUGUAUAGCCAGUGUACAUGUAAAUGCCAGUUAUAAUGAAGAAUAGCUACUAAAUGUUAUAUUAUUUAGAAGUUCAAAUCAAUGUUUGUAUUUUGAAAGACUAUUUAAAUGAUUAAAUUCUAUUUUUUACUCAAUUUACUGUUGUUGGUUGACACUGCUUUGUUUUUCGUGUGUGAUAUUGGCUGUGAAUUUCUGUGUGUAGACUUUUUUUUCCUUUUUGUUUUCAUUCAGAUAAAAACAGUUUGACGUCCUUGUCUAAACAUGUCCACAUAAAAAUCACUGUGAAAAAAGUGAGAUCAUCCACUGUCUGACGCAACGGGGAGUGGAUCAUUGUAGGUGCAUCGUGUUGUGUAAUAAAUGGACACACCACCACCACA